CUUUAAACCGAUUCAGGCCCUCGAUCAGUCCUUGGGAUGGCGGUCUACGACCUUGCCCAGUCACGUCCCACUCGCCGCUUCCACUGCCGCUAAUACUUGUGCGGGGCUGAGGAGGGAAUGCUAUACGUCCGUCCCACGUCUGGCAGGCUGACACGCGCUGACUGAAGGGCACGGGCGUUUUGUUGCUGCUGCUUGGUGUGUGUUGUGUUUCUGGCGCGAUGCCGGGCCUCGCAACGCCGUCGACAUCAAAGCCGGUGGCGGCUGCUUCGGCAGAGACGACAUGCCGCAACGAGCAAGAGUCACGAUGGACGCGCUAUGGCUCAAGUGCAUUUUCGCGUGGCAUGAAGAUCUCCGACUGGGCGUCCGGGUAUGCAAACGCUGCCAGCGCCAAGCUCGGCGGCGAGCGCUUUUGGCCCAGGAGUGGCGACUUUGAGUUGGAGAUUGAAAAGUGCGAGCGCAUUCUGCGCUGCUUUACCGUCGAGGGCAUUGAGUCGGAGGAGGGUGCGGAGGAGGAGGUCGCCACACCUGGCGCAGCGCCCGAGGCUCGGACGGAGACGCACUUGGAAAAAGUCAAGCGCAAAGUCAUUCGUAAGAUCCCACCCGCGCUGGUGGCCCGUGCGCAGGGCAUCGCAAUCUACACUUCGAUGCGUUCGGGGAUCGCUCCGCUGGGCGGCAGCGGCGGUUCAGGCCUCGUGAUGGGGCGCCUGCCCGAUGGGAGUUGGUCGUCACCGUCGUUCAUCACCCCGCAAAAUUUUGCCGUUGGAAUGCUCAUCGGGUUGGAUAUUUUCGACGUCGUCUUGCUGAUCAACAGCAAGGAGGCGAUGGAGGGCUUCAAGUCGCAUAAGUUUACCUUGGGUGCCGAGACGGCCAUCGCGACAGGGCCGAUGGGCGCGGGAAUGAGCAUGGAGACGGGGCUCAAGGGCACCAAGGUGAUCCCGCCGAUUUUUUCCUACGUCAAGAGCCGCGGACUCUACGCCGGCGUGGAGAUCAUGGGCCAGGCGUUCCUCACGCGCUUUGACGAAAACGAGCGGGUCUACCACUGGCCAGGCAUCGCGGGCAGGGACAUUCUCGAGGGUAAGGUGCGCGUCCCCGCCGUCGUCGCGCCGCUGCACCACGCACUGCAUGAAGCCGAGACAGGCAAGGCGCAGGGCAUGCCCGGUGGCAGACCCAACGGCGUUGUC